AUGGAGAAGUCGAAGAAGACUGGUUGUUCGAAAUUCGUUGCUCAAGAAUGGAAUGCAAAUAAAUGCCGUGAAUGUUUUCGAGCAAAACAAGUUCAUGAACAUCAGUCAGUUGCAACUUCAAACGAUUAUCAAGUACCGAUCAACAGAAGACCAUUAUCUGUCCGUCAUCUAUCAUCUAACGAUACACCUGCUAACAAUUAUUCCUCUAAAACGACUUUUCGAGAACAACGGGUGAUGGAAGACGAACGUUCGGAAUGGAUCGAUUAUGAAGGCGAAGUCGCUCCCACAGCCCGCAGAUUCGAAGAUGAUUAUGAAGGAGGUGCGGAAAGAGUGUUUGAAGAAGAAUCUCCAAUACGCAUAAAGAACGGUGUGACGAAAGAGAGUGGUCUGGAAGUUAUGUAUGGCGAAUAA